AUGGCAUACGCGGCUGCUUUCUCGAUACCGGAACCUACACAAUAUACACCUACCAUGGAUGGAUGGAGUCCAGCUCCUACGGCAGCACCACAGCUUCCUCUUGAUCUUUCCAGGCGUCAACAAGGGAGUAAUACUUGUGGAUAUGUCUCUGCUUCUGGCAUCUCAGUGAGCGCAGUAACAUGUUCAAAUCCCACAGAUGUAUGCGCAACAAACGACUAUUUCGGCAUCCACGGCUGCUGUCAGUCUAGUCUGGGUACUUCCUGUACAAUAGCCACAGCAUGUAUUGCCUCGACAGCUAUGUCAGCAUCCUGCACAAACGACGCCUGCUCCUCCGACGCUGCGAUAGCAAAGUGCACUGCGAGCUCAGCACCAGCUUGCUACCAGUGGCAAUUCAUCUAUGAUAGGAUAGUCCUCACACAGUAUGGCUGUGCGGCCAGCGCCUUUACGAGUACCGCGUACCAUAGCCUGGGCAUGAGCAUACCGAGCAGUUCCGCAGCGAGGGAAACCGUUACCGCGACCGUCACCAAGGAAUCCAUCAGCACGCCGACUUCCUCCAGUUCAUCCUCGUCUUCCUCGUCCAGCUCGUCAAAACCCAGCUUAGGCGCCAUCGUCGGCGGCACAAUCGGCGCAUGUCUCUUUGUCUCCUUUAUCCUUUUCGUCGUCUUCCUUGCAUGGCGCCGUAGGAAAGAAGCAGCAAAGAAUAAUCCGCGCUCUGCUGGUGCUUUUCAUCGGACUAGCCAACAAACCAUGGUGGAGUAUAAUCCCAUGGGUUUCCCCUCUCCAGGCUUUUCGUCGUCAGGGUUGCCUUCACCGGGUACUCCGUAUGGCGAUGAUAGCAAGACCUGGCAACAACAUCUAUCGAGAAUGGGCAGGGGCAGGGAUCAAGUGGAUAUCGUGGAAGUCGACGGGACAUCUAGGGCGGUGGAGGCGCCUACGGCUGAAAAGUGA